AUGCCGGCUGCACCCCUGGCCCUGGCCAUGGCCAAGGUGGCCGCGUGGUCCUCGCCAGUCUAUUCAACUUCGCUGGCCUCAUUGGCACUGAAUAAAGUACUUUCCGAUGCGACCCCUAUAUUUGGAUCCUAUGAAAAAGAAUCCGGAGGCAAAGCAGACGCGACAUGGAACUACAGCCAGGCUACUCCAGACUCCCUUCUAGGGAUCACUGAUCUCAAUCAGGUCACUGUUCCAGUGCCUGAGACCUUCCGCUGUCAAGAGCUGUCCUGGAUCGACAUGCUUAACAUGGGAAUCCGGGCAUUUGAUUUACGCUACGCAUUCGAUCCCACCAACACCACUAUCAUCUUCUACCACUCGGAGGCUCUACUGUCUGAGACUGUUACCUUAGACGAUGGAUCAACGGCCAAAUAUGCGUCCAACGACGCUGCGCUGCAGCUCAAGCUUUAUAACACGCUGACUUCCCCCGCUGCACGAAAGUAUUUUGUUCAGAAGAAGAAUGAGCUAGGAACUUUGGGUGAAGCGCGUGGAAAAAUCACCCUGAUGCGCCGUUUCGACCUCGACCAAUUGGCCGACUCUUACACGACCUCGAUGCCAGGACUUCACUUCACGCCAAGCCUAUGGACUGACAAUGACCCGACCAUUGUUCUGACCUACAAUGAGAAGAAGAAUUUGACCGCCUACAUCGAAGAUUUCUACCAGCCUACAACACCCGCGGGAUCUAACGCGACCGAAAACAUCCAGUGGAACCUGUUCUGGACCUGGGCUUCAAGUGAAAACACAGACAAUGUACCCCCGGUGUGGCCGCGCAUUAUGGCUAUUGGCAAUGGCACCUUGACUCCCCAGGGCGGAGUGAAUCAGCGCCUUGUAUCAUUUUUGAAACAGCAGAAGGGCAAGAGGAUUGGUAUUGUUAUGUUUGAUUAUUUCGACGUGCCAUCUGACCUCAUUGAUGAGUUCUUGAGUCUCUGA